AUGAAGCGAAAGGGUCGAGCUGCUAGUGCCUCAGCGAGUUCACCUGAAGGAAAAAAGACAAAAGUAGGAGGUGAAAACGACCCCGAAACUUCUACAACGGAUAGUAGGAUGGUUGACUUCACCACGCCAAAGAGAGUUGCUGAAACGCUUCUUGCAGUAGCGGACCUGGAGACCUUUUUCACAGAAACCUGGGAAAAGAAACCUUAUUUCGUUAAGCGAGCGAAUAUAGACUUUUAUGGAGCGUUGUUUUCUAAAAAAGAUUUGGAAGCCAUUUUAAAAAAGGAAGAAAUACACUUCAUUGAAGACAUAAACUUGAGUCGCUACGUCGAAGGGAAGACGGAGCUGUUGAACGAAGAAGGCUCUCGCAUCAACUCGAAACACAUCAAAACCACUGGAGUUUCUGUGCAGUUUCAUCAACCAGACAGAUUUAAGGUUUGUGUUCCUUUAUAUAUCGUUGCACUUAUUGUUCGGAAUGUUGUGUUUUCCCCCACGCUAUUUUGUGUAAAAACCUCUGGAAGACUUCGAUGGGUUGGAUAUAGACGUUGUUACAAAUGUCAAUAAAGAUUUAUAUGGAUUAAGCUACAAGAGCAAGUUUAUUUCACACAGAAUGUUUUCAAUGCGAGGUUUGAGUCAUUUAUUUAUGCCUAUGACUGUGAGAAGCAACUCUUUUUUUCAUUCGUUUGUUUAAUCGAAUCUGGAGGAUCCCAAGCGCCCAUUUAUCAUGAAUUGUUUCCUAUGAGAUAGGCUUGGUUUACCACUGUUUUCUGUGCAUUUCUUCUAUAGGACGAGAUUUGGAGAUUGGUAGAGUCACUCGAGUCGUAUCUCAAUUGUCUCGUUUUUGUUGACGCAUUUGUGUUCCAACCAGGAUCACAAGGGCUGGCUCCGCAGCAUGAUGAUAUGGAGGUCAGUACAAAGGAGGUUCCAAUUUUUUUACCAGGAUUUCCCACCUUAAUGAUGGCGAGAAUCUAAACUCUCACCUUUUUUCAUUUUUUAUUUUCACUAUGAGCAUCACUAAAAAAAAGGUAAUGGGGGUUGAAUUUUGUCGGGUACCUUAAGAAAAAGAUUUAACUCCUCUCCAACCAAAUACACAUCAUUUUCAGGGGGUUGCUGUUUGAGAUUGCAAACCACUUUUUAUCUUAAUUUCAUCACCCUUAUUUAGCUAAUUUGGGGGAAUACCCACUGCUUCUUUCAAAGUUUUCUUUUUUCUUUAAUUUAUUUAGACAUUCUGACAUUUCCACUCCUUCAAGAAAAACUCAUAACUCAGUAUUUGGGAAUAGGUCCUAGCUAGUUACAUUUUAUUUCCAUUUGCAGACCUUUAUCCUCCAGACAGAGGGGAAAACCAAAUGGAAACUGUUCAGGCCUCUGCAGGAGCUCUCUCAAGAUGCUAGUCCUGACUUGGAACUGGAAGAUAUUGGUGAACCAACUGAAGAAUUUGAUUUAGAGGUAUAACACUAAAAAAUUGCAAUUACCAAUACCUUCCAGGAUGAUAGAUUUCUGUCCAUGCAAGUUUAGUUACUGUUUGUGCAAAUUCAAAACUGGCACCUUAGCUGUCAUGUAUGUGUUCAUAGAAGCUGUAAAUACUUUCUGAUCCCUCUUUGUCUAACAGGUAGGUUUUGUUGAUUCUAAGAAAAAUUUAUUUAGAAGAGUUCAUGCUUUAAGGAGAACCUUGAGGAGAAUUGUUAAAUAAAUAAAUAAAUAAAUAAAUAAAGAAAGAAAGAAAGAAAUAAAUAAAUCUUGUAACCUUCAUAAGCAACUUUUUGAGGCAGGGAAAAAAUCUACCAGGGAAGGUUGCUAUUGGUGCAUUUGAUAGCUUCUAAUGUAUUUGGUUACAGUAAUAUUCUCACCCUACUAAAUGUUGGUAGGUUGAAAUUGUACUUCAUACCAAACAAUCUUCAUAGGACUUAAUUUCUGUGCUUGUACUUUGAAAUACAGCUUAUUUGCACUGAGUGUCUUCAAACAGAAACUUAAGAAAUCAGAGGAACCAGACAGAGUUAAUCAGAAAAAUAUAGCUAAGAAUCAAUGAGAACUCAAAAUAAAUUUAGAGGCUGCAAGCCAAGCAACUCAGAAAGUUAAUUAUGGAGGGAUGAGAUGUUGAGGCCACUACAUUGACUUAAUAUUUUGAAAAUUUUGUUUAAGGGAGAUAAGGUCUAAACUCUGAAAGCUGGUUUUCAAUCCUAAAGACAGUUUGCAAGUGUGGUGCAAUGGAUAGCACUUAUCUCAAGCAGAAGGAACUGGGAUUGAUACCUUGUGGUGGCAACUUUUUUCUCUCUGUCUGCUUUUUUUCCCCUUUUAUUCAUCUUCUUCAAAAGCAUGAGCAUUUUUUUCCAUUUUGCCAAGAACAUCAUCAGUAAUCAUACGGUAAUCAGCAUGUGAGAGGCCAAUGACAAAAACACAGCAUUUUCUUUCCUUUUCCUGUUGUUGAAAACCAGGGAGAUUUUGAUCAUUCCUGAGUACAGCUCAUUGAUUUUAAGUUCUUUUGUAGUCAGAUGUCCAAUUUGGAUGGGAAAAGUGUGUAUACGAGGCCUAAAAAUAUUGAAAUGUGAGAUAGCAUAUCGGCUCAAACCUUUUGCAUGCAGACUUAAUUUCAGCCCAUUGUUCCUCCUUCAAUGAAAUUUUUGGAUCUGAGAUAGUAAAACCAACCAAAGCAUAAUGAAACAAUUGUUUUUUGUUUUGCAUCUGAUUAGUUGCGGGAGUGACACAAGUCUUUUACAGCAAAACAAAAAGCAAUCCUCUAGAAUCCCAGAUUGCUUUAAACAAUGACUCUAAAUUUUUCUAGGUAGACCAUUUAAGUUCUUAAGGAAGGCAUUUUCCUCUCUCUACAGCCUGGAGAUCUCUUGUACUUCCCUAGAGGGACUGUUUUCUUUCCAGUGCCAGUUGAAGACAAAGAUCAUACAACUUAUUUGGCACUGACCACAUUCCAGGAAAGGUAAGGAGAUAGGGAUAAGAAUAAAGUUAUAAAAGGUUUUUUUUUUUGUUUGUGUUAGUGAUGAGGAAAUACCUUACUUACACUUCAGUCACUGUGCUUGCAGGAGUUAAGUAGUGUCUGUUCUUGUUAUGAAUCAGCCUGUCUUUCUGUGGAAAAUUUAAUGCUGUUUUUGCUCCCAACUUUUUCCCUCUUUACUGUAGGUUCAUUUUAAACAUUUCUAUUUUUGCCUUGAGUUCAUAGUGACAUUCAUAGAAAACAACUUUAAAAAAUUAUUUUGUAGUUUACCUUCAAGGAACUUGGGCACCAAUUAACUCAGUCUUUUGAUUUUUCCUGCAUUAGUUCUUGGGGUAAUAUGCUGACAAGUGUAUUGACUAAAGCUGUAGAAAAAGCUAUGGAAAGUGAUGUGGAGUAUAGGAGGGGUCUUCCAAUUAAUUUUCCUUUAUUUAUGGGCAAUGGAUUGGUAAGCAUUGUAGUCUAAAAUAUAUGUAGUAAAUGACUGUACUGAUAAAUAAGUUCUAUAUAAAAGUAGUAAUACCCAAUAUGGACAGUGACUGUUUUUCUGUCUACUUAUUCUAAGUCAGAUUGGAAUUUUAAGUUUUAUGAAUGGGGGUAAACUAAAGAGCCUCACCAAAAACCAUAGUGAAGGAUUAAUGAGUAUUCCAGAAAUGGGAUCGAACUUGGACCACAGAGUGGUAGAAUUUUGUUUCAUAAAACUUAUAAUGUUAAAAAUGUAUUUUGUUGACAAACUUCCAAUGAAAAUAGUUCUAACCCUUUAACUCCCAGAUCAAAUUUGUAUUUCUCCUUACUGUCAACUGUUCAAUUCUUAUAAUGUUAGUUCAGAUAAUUUAGUAUUGGAUCAACUAAUUAUCCCCCAAUUGAUAUUUUUCUUUAUUCUCAUCUCUUAUUUAGGUGAUAGUGUGUUGAUAUUGUAAAAAGAAAUUCUGUCUUGGUCACUCAUGGGAGUUAAAGGUUUAAUUUAGCUUUCAAACUAUUAAACCUUAAAUGCAAACCAAGAUAAGAUAUUGCAAUUGUUGCUUUAGUCAAAAUAUGGAUCUUUAUGAUCUUGUAAACUUUUCAAAGUUUUCCUAAGUUUGCUAAGUUAAUUAAAUGGAUUAAACCUGUUUUGGGUAAUUGGGUUUCAUAAAUUUUUGAAAUAGCCAUCUAAAGUAAAUUAACUAGAGUAGGUGGCGACCUAAAUCAAUGUAUUUAUCAUCAGAGUAAAAAUUUUUGACAAAGAAGGUAGCUGUGAGGGGUUACUGGUAAUUCUUACAGACUAGGAAGCCGUAUGCAGACAUUGCUAGCCUUGUAGGAAACCAUGUUACCCCUUAUCACCCAAACAUCAAAUUGCUCAUUCUCCGUGCUGUUCUCCAAAUUUUUCUAAGGUUUUUGAUAAGGAGAAUCGUAAAAAUAUCAAGAGCUUUUGCUGGUGAUCAUUUUUUGGUUCUCUUGACCUUAAUAUGUGAUUCUGGGUGAUAUUACUUGUUAGUCGUUCUUAGAGGUUGAAGAGUUCAUUUGUUUUCAUUAUGUUUACCAAUAGCAUGAUACUGACUCUGAUCAAGAUCCAUCUGAGCACAAUGACAACCAAAAAAGUGAUAAAGAAGAAUCACCCAUGGAAGCAGCUGCAGAUCCAAGAAAAGCUUUCAACAAAACCUUGAUUAACCUUGUUCAUGGGCUGGAGCAGCAUUUGAGUCCUGACAAAGCUGUUGACAACUUGGUGUAUGAGUUCUUUAAUGCCCGCCUUCCUCCCUAUGCAAAAGACAUCAAAAAAGGCAAGAAAACAACAUUUUCAUAA